AUGACCUCCCCAGCGCCCAGUACAGGAAUCAAAAUCAUCAUCGUCGGUGCUGGCUUUGGUGGCCUAACGGCUGCAAUCGAAUGUCACAGACAAGGACACGACGUGGAGGUAUAUGAAUCGUUUCCUGAACUGAAGCAACUGGGAGAUAUCAUCUCCUUCGGGCCAAACGCUGGCCGAAUCUUUCAUCGAUGGGCCAACGGUGACGUUGUUUCCAGGUUACGACCGCUGAGCAUCGAUCUUGAAAACUACGGUUUCAGGAUCCAUAAAUGGGACACUGGGGAGGUUGUGUUGACGCAAAGAAGACCGCCAUCUGACCCCGAGGCCCCGGUCUUCAAUGGUCACCGAGGAGAGCUGCACGAAGUCAUCUUUAAAUAUGCGAAAGACGAUCUGGGAAUUCCUAUUCAUUUGGGCCAACCAGUCGUUGACUAUUUUGAGGACCAAAGCAAGUCUGGGGUUCAGCUGCCCGAUGGGACAAAGAUUGAGGCAGAUGUCGUCAUCGCCGCAGACGGGGUUCGCUCCAAGGCAAGAGAGCUGGUCCUUGGGCACAAAGACAAACCAGUCAGUAGCGGCUAUGCGAUAUGGAGAGCAUGGUUUCCCGCUCAAGCCCUCUUGGAAGAUCCUCGGACGAAAGAAUUCUGCGAGAAUGGAGAUACUUUCAACGGCUGGAUUGGGCCCGAUGCUCACUUCCUCUUUUCCACUAUCAAAGGGGGCCAGGACUGCUCAUGGGUGCUUACACACAAAGACGAAUAUGACAUCGACGAGUCCUGGUCUCUGCCGGGCAAACUUGAGGACGUCUACCAAGCCCUCGAGGGCUGGGAUCCUCUUUGUAAAAUGAUUGUUGAGAAGACGCCGUCUUUAGUGGACUGGAAGCUUGUUUAUCGCGACGCCCUGCCAAACUGGAUCAGCAAAGGCGGCAGAAUUGGGCUACUGGGAGAUGCGGUUCAUCCAUUUCUGCCCACGAGUGUCCAAGGGGCCACUCAAGCCAUGGAGGACGGCGUCACCCUUGCUAUAUGCUUGAGGCGGGCUGGUAAAGGCAACGUUCCAACGGCCCUCAAAGCAUAUCAAAAUCUUCGGUACGACCGCGUGAGAGCUGUGCAGCAGACUGGGCUAUCCACACGCGAACUCUGGCACAAGACAGACUGGGCCAAGGUAAAAGAAAACCCGGAGAGCAUUGCUCUGCCGAGAGAGGACUGGAUACUGGAGUUUGACGCUGAGAAGCACGCGGAGGAAAAUUUUGACAAGCUCCUCGCACCGCACCCUUGA